UUUAUUAGUUGAGCAAGCUGAAGCUGAAAUCAGCGCUGAGCAGCCAGCCGAAGAAGGCGAUGAGCCCAUUAAGAAUGAUUACGGUCUUACCGAGGACGAGAUACUCUUGGCAAAUGCCGCCUCCGAGUCAGCGGAAGCUGAGGCCGCUUUGCAGAGCGCCGCGUUGGUGGUGCGCCUCAAGGAGGGCAUCUCCUCGCUGGGCCGCAUACUCAAGGCCAUCGAGACAUUCCACGGCAGCGUGCAGCAUGUGGAGUCGCGUCAAUCGCGCAUCCAGGGCGUCGAUCACGAUGUGCUCAUCAAGCUGGACAUGACUCGUGGCAAUCUGCUGCAGCUCAUCCGCUCGCUGCGCCAAUCGGGCUCGUUCAGCAGCAUGAAUCUGAUGGCUGAGAACAAUGUGAGCGUGAAGGCUCCGUGGUUCCCCAAGCACGCCUCCGAGCUGGACAACUGCAACCAUUUGAUGACCAAGUAUGAGCCCGAUUUGGACAUGAACCAUCCCGGCUUUGCCGACAAGGUUUAUCGCCAGCGUCGCAAGGAGAUUGCCGAGAUCGCUUUCGCCUUCAAGUAUGGCGAUCCAAUUCCCCACAUCAACUACACCGAGGUGGAGGUCAAGACCUGGCGCUCAGUCUUCAAGACCGUGCAGGAUCUGGCACCCAAGCACGCCUGCGCCGAGUAUCGCUCCACUUUCCAGAAGCUGCAGGACGAGCAGAUCUUCGUCGAUCAUCGUCUGCCACAGCUGCAGGAAAUGUCCGACUUUCUGCGCAAGAACACGGGCUUCACCCUGCGCCCAGCCGCUGGUCUGCUGACCGCUCGCGACUUUUUGGCCUCGCUGGCCUUCCGCAUCUUCCAGAGCACACAGUAUGUGCGUCACGUCAACUCACCAUUCCACACACCCGAGCCUGAUACCAUUCAUGAGCUGUUGGGUCACAUGCCACUGCUGGCCGAUCCAAGCUUUGCACAGUUCUCACAGGAGAUUGGUCUGGCCUCGCUGGGUGCCUCUGAUGAAGAAAUUGAAAAGCUAUCCACGGUCUACUGGUUCACCGUUGAGUUCGGUCUGUGCAAGGAGCAUGGCCAGGUGAAGGCCUAUGGCGCUGGUCUGUUGAGUGCUUAUGGCGAGCUGUUGCACGCCAUUAGCGACAAGUGCGAGCAUCGUUCGUUCGAGCCGGCGGUUACUGCUGUGCAGCCGUAUCAGGAUCAGGAAUAUCAGCCCAUCUAUUAUGUGGCUGAGAGCUUCGAUGACAUGAAGGACAAGUUCCGUCGCUGGGUCAGCACCAUGUCGCGUCCAUUCGAGGUGCGCUUCAAUCCACACACCGAGCGCGUCGAGAUCUUGGACUCGGUGGACAAGCUGGAGACUUUGGUGCAUCAGAUGAAUACAGAAAUCUUGCACUUGACCAAUGCUAUUCAAAAGCUGCGACGCCCCUUCUAGAGCAAUAUACUCAAGCACAAACAUAUAUCUAUAUAUAUUAUUUAUGCGAAUGUCCCCAGCCCCGCUCCCCCGCACUCAUCCUUAUACGAUACGCAGUUACAGGUGCAAAGGUCUCAUUUCAUAUGAAUAUUAAUUUUAAAUUGACAUACCACACGCAUUCAACGUAUCCUGUCAACAAAUUUCAAUUUUCCCAUUUACAUUUUAAUUUGUAGCAUUUUUUGAGUAUUAUUUUCUGAGUAUUUAUUUUUUUCCAAUCACCCUGCCUACCCCACUCUCUCUCUCACGCAAAAUUCCAUGCCUAUCACAAAUAUUGGACCAAAAACAAAGAUGGAAAAACAAGUAAAGCAAAGCUCGUUAGACUUUAAGUGUGAUGUGAAAUAACCAAGAAUCCAAAUCACAUAUAUACUUACACCUAAGUAGAGAUGACAUUGCAUUGCAAAUUGUUUUUGUUUAUUUACUUAAGAAUUUUGGUAUUAUUUCAUUUGGUUUAAAUAGUUACCUAAAAUAUGUUGUGAAGCACUUGAAGUGAAUUUAGGAAGCGAGAACAAACAGGAUUUUCUUACAUUG